CCCGCGAAACCCGAUAACAGGACUCUCCUCUGUAAUAAAUAGCUCCAUAUACAGGACUGCACUUUCGACUUUCGCUUCGUCUUCAAUGGCUUCGACCUCCUCCACCAACCCAUUCGAUGCCUCAACCUCAGGUAGUGCAAGUGAAAAGGAUGGUGUUGAGUCUGCACAGGGAGCUGCUACUCUUCCAAGCUCAAACUCAAAACCUGAAGAAACCGAUGUAAAAGCCCGGGUAGAUGCCAUGUGGGAGCAAAUGAAUAAAGGAAUAUCUACUAAGAAUUUCAAGGAUUUAUUAAAGAAGUCUCAUUCACCUGCGAAUAAAACUCCAAAGAAGGCAUCGUCUGAUGGUUGGAAGGCAUAUCUCGGCCUGGCACCAAAGAAGACGGAGUCCCCAAAAGAAGAUCUAUCACAGAAGGGAUUAAGUGUCGCACAGAACAACACUACUGAUAUUGUCAUGCAGGACAGCUCUAGUGAGAAUGCCAGGAAGCUAGCUGCUGCUGCCCUCGUAGAAGUUAAGGAUGCUGGAGCUGCAGUAUUAGGUAGAGGGAAAGUUGAGAUCACAGAGGUCCGGGACUUUGCCGGUCAACAAAUUGAAGUUAAGAAGCUUGUUGACGCUGAUUCAAAGGAAGCAUCUGAAAAGGCGAAAGCUCAUGCACCUUCAGCUGUUGAUGCCGUGCUUGAACAGAUCAAGAAGAAACAAAAGCUCAGUGUGCUCGACAAAACCAAAAAGGACUGGGGAGAGUUUAAGGAAGAAAAAGGGUUGGAUGAGGAGUUGGAUGCUUACAAGAAGAGUUCAAACCAAUAUCUAGACAAGGUUUCCUUCUUGGAGCGAGCAGAUUAUCGGGAGUUUGAACGGGAGAGGGAUGCACGGCUGGCUGUGCAGGCCAAAAGGAGGCCUGAUAUGAGGGAGGGUCCAUAACUGCACAAUUCAGGGCUGCUUCUGAAUGCUUGUACCAAACUGCCAAACUUACAAUUGUGGGGAGGACAUGAAAAGUUGCUGAACUAUCGGUAUCUUUGCUUUGAUUUCGUUUACAGAGCAAAAAUGAAAGCCUUCGAGUAGUUUGUAAGGGGGUAUUGGGCAUCAUUUGCAUUAGGUGUUUUCAACAGCCCGGAUUCUCUAUGAGAGAGGAGAGAAGGGCAUUAAUUGUAAACUAGCUAUUUUAUUUGAAUCAAAAUUUAUGGGUGGGAUUGUAGGUCUUGUUUCUUAUAGAGCAGGAGCAUAACAGAGCAAUGUAGCUCAAUUCUUUCUUAUUAUGUGGUUGUACUGCAAUAAGAAUAAUGAUAAGAUGGUUUCUCUUCUGAA